GAUGGUGUCGCGAAGUUUACAAAAUUGUUGGAGUUAAAAGAAAGAUACUUUUAUAUAGAUAUUUGAUCAUGACUCGGAACACAGGAGAGACGAGUGCUCUCCAAACAGGGUACCUAAUUCACCCGUUAUUAUCGCGCCGGAAUCUUCCCCCAGGUUUCCCCCAGCCUACCCAGACCAUCAAUACUUACAUUGUGCCUGUAUAUUUAAUAUCAAGAUUGUGCACUACUUCAAUCGCCAUUGGUUAGCAUUAGGUUAAGGCGUUGUUGGUUAGCAUUAGGUUAAGGCGUUGCGUAUAUAUUAUACAUUAGGCUUGAGAUAGAGAUAGAGAGAGAGAGGGAGAGAUUGAGAGAGAGAGAGAGAUGGGAGGGUGUUUUUCUGAUAUUCAGGGAGGGAAGCAAGCAGUGAUAGGAGGUGGGACCCAGCAAGGUGUAAGUGGAGGGGGCCAUAACGAUGCAGUUGACUUCUUCUUCAAGACUAAGGGUCUUGAUCCUCUUUAUACUCAAACUGAGCUAUCUUUUUCGGCUUCAAAGUUACGUGAUUGUGAUUUCAUGUCAAAGAGUGAUCCUAUGCUUGUUGUAUAUGAAAAGAAAAGAGACGGAAGCUUUGUGGAACUUGGUCGUACUGAAGUCAUAAUGAACAAUCUGGACCCUAUAUGGAUUGCGAAAAUUCCGGUGGCUUAUCAGUUUGAGAUUGUUCAGCCAUUAUAUUUCCAAGUUUAUGAUGUAGAUACAAAGUAUCAUAAUGUACCACCAAAGAUGCUGAAAUUGAAAGAUCAAGAUUAUCUUGGGGAGGCAAACUGUGUUUUGUCUGAGAUUGUGACUACAAAAAGUCGUUCUAAAACCCUCAAUCUUCACAAUAAUCGUGGGCCUGGUUUUAAGAACUGUGGCACAAUCACUGUCCAUGCAGAGGAAACUGUUGCUCCGAGAAAUGCUAUAGAGGUGGCAUUUCGUUGUGCACGUUUAGAUAACAAGGAUUUUUUCUCCAAAAGUGAUCCAUUUUUGAGAAUCUCCAGGAUUAUUGAGACUGGUGGUCACGUUCCAAUCUGCAAGACAGGAGUUGUGAACAACAACCUAAAUCCAACUUGGCCUCCCCUAUGUCUAAGCACACAGCAAUAUGUGAGCAAGGAAAACCCACUACUUAUUGAAUGCUUCGAUUUUAACAGUAAUGGAGAUCAUAUCCUUAUUGGCAAACUUCAAAAAUCAGUAGCUGAUUUUGAACGACUUAACAAAGAAAAGGUUGGUGAGAAUUUUAUCUUACCCUCUCGUCGCAAGGGUCGUCAAAAGGUUCUGAAAGGUCAGCUUUUCGUGGAUAGUUUUGUUGAGAAGCAAUUAUACAGUUUCAUUGAUUACAUAUCUAGUGGGUUUGAACUCAACUUCAUGGUCGCUGUUGAUUUUACUGCAUCAAAUGGAAAUCCACGUAGUCCAGAAUCUUUGCACUAUGUCGAUCCUUCAGGCCGAUUAAAUGCUUAUCAGCAGGCUAUAAUGGAGGUCGGAGAGGUUCUUCAAUUCUAUGAUUCUGAUAGGCGCUUUCCUGCUUGGGGAUUUGGUGGAAAGACAUUGGAUGGGGUAGUUUCUCAUUGCUUCAAUCUGAAUGGAAGUCCCAAUGGUGUUGAGGUUGAAGGAGUUGGAGGCAUCAUGGCUGCAUAUACCUAUGCUUUGAAUAAUGUUUCUCUUUGCGGACCUACUCUGUUCGGUCAAGUGAUUAACCGGGCUGCAGAGUUAGCUGCCCAAUCAGCUUCAUCUGACUACAGAAAAUAUUUUGUCCUGUUAAUUAUCACGGAUGGAGUCCUUACAGAUCUUCAAGAAACGACAGAUUCCAUUGUUAGGGCAUCUGACCUUCCCCUUUCGAUUCUUAUUGUUGGAGUUGGUAAUGCAGAUUUUAAACAAAUGGAGAUUCUUGAUGCUGAUAAUGGAAAUUUCUUAAAAAGCUCUAAUGGAAGAAUAGCUACAAGAGACAUUGUUCAAUUUGUUCCAAUGCGCGAGAUGCAUGCCGGGCAGAUUUCUGUGGUGCAAAGCUUAUUAGAGGAGCUUCCUGGACAGUUCUUAACACACAUGCGCGGCAGAAAUAUAAAACCAACAGGUGCUAAUGCAGAUGCGGACUAGGUGCUAAUGCAGAUGCGGAUUAGUAAGGGCUCAACGGGAACUAUAGCGCUGCUCGACUUCUAGCUAAAACUAGCCUCUCAAUUUGUAUAUAUACCACUUCUGGUUCUGGUUUGUUGUUGUUGCUAGAAAUCAUUGUCAGGUCUUUAGUUCAAAUUAUGCUGGACAAACUUUAGAUAUAUGUGAUAAUGUUUUUUUAAAAGAAUCUAGUCGAGUUUUAUCUGUAAUAAGAUUUUGUUGUUAAUAUUACUUUGUUCAA